AUGGAACCUACACUGGGAAGAUUUGAGAUGGAGAAAUUUACCGGGAAAGAGGAUUUCGGGAUGUGGAAAUACAAGCUGCUUGGUCAGCUGGAGAUCCAAGGUCUUGCAUCUGUCCUUGAUGAAGAUUUCUCGAUCUACGUUAAAUCUGAGAAACAGGAAGAAGUGAUGGAUUCGCCAACAUCUCGAGAUAUGUGGCUUGCCCUGGAAGAAGAGUAUCAGGCAAAAUCAUUACCAAAUCGGAUUUAUCUCAAGCAACAGUUUGCUAGCUUCCGCAUGGAUGAGAAUAAGAAUUUGGAAGAUAACCUGGAUACGUUUCUGAAGCUUAUAGCCGAUCUUGCCAGUUUGAAGAUUACCAUCAGUGAUGAAGACCAGGCCAUUCAACUCCUCACGAGUCUGCCUCCAGCGUAUGAGCAGCUAGUUCAUACUCUUAAGUAUGGAACUGGGAAGAAACUCUCACGUUAG